CUCGUAAAUUUCUAUAAAUAAAUAAUAAAUAUUAUACAAAUAAUAGAACUUGGGAAUAAUAUAUAGGAUCAUCAUUACGAUAACUAAGGGCAGGAACAUAGAUUAUGGAGAACAUCACAAACGUCGAACCGAGUAAACAGCUUGCAUAGAAACCUCGAUUCAGUCGAUUGUCGAUUCGUGAUCAGCAAGUUCUUGGAAAACUCCCGACACCGUUAAAGUUAAACUGCUUCAUAAUCGACAACAUGUCUUACAGAGAUCUAAGAAAUUUUACAGAAAUGAUGCGAGCACUGGGUUAUCACAGGCUCAUAUCACUGGAAAACUUUCGCUCACCAAAUUUUCCUCUUGUAGCCGAGGUACUACUGUGGCUUGUACGCAGGUUUGAGCCAAAUGCAGAGAGCCUGACUGAUAUUGACACUGAGCAGGACCGUGUAAUGUUUAUCACAUCAGUAGCACAGUUUAUGCACAGUAAAGCACACAUCAAAUUGAACACAAAGAAGUUGUAUAUGGCAGAUGGUUAUGCAGUGAGAGAGCUGUUGAAAAUUACAUCAGUGUUGUACAAUGCAAUGAGAACCAACCAGGGCAACCAAGAUGCUAGCAGUGAUGACGAUAACGUAUCAGCAAAGUUCAAAUUCGACAUCACAGGAAAGAUUAAUGACUUGAAGUUAUCCAGACAAUUGGCCUCCGAAAUAACCACAAAGGGUGCCUUUCUGUAUGACCUAUUGGGAAAGGAGGUGGAACUUAGGGAAAUACGAUCAUCAGCUAUUGCCCAACCUCUAGAUAUCAAUGAAGUUGAAAAAGGACUUAGAGGGGCAAUAAAGAAUGUACAAGAGGAUAUGGAGAAAACAACAGACAUGCUGAAUAAUAUAGCAUCUAAUGAAGCCAACUUAGAUGCAAAGAUAGAGAAGAGAAAAUCUGAGCUGGAUCGCAACAUGAAGCGGUUGCAAACACUACAAACUGUUAGACCAGCAUUCAUGGACGAGUAUGAGAAACUGGAGAGUGAAUUGGAGGGAGUGUACCAGUCAUAUGUAGACAAGUUUAGAAAUGUUGCAUACCUCGAGAACCAGCUAGAAGAGUACAACAGGCUCGAGCAAGAACGCUUUGAUGAAGCUGAAUCAAAGCUUAAAGCGAUGGCACAGAGGGUGCAGGACGAAGACAACAAACUGGCUACGUCUGGCAACGAGAGCAUGUCAGUGGACUUAAAUAACAUUGACAAUGACGAUGAUAUUCUAG